CCUUGUUUAUCUUUCCCUUUUCCACAUUUUCUUUGUAUUUUUUUUCCGUUACCAAAAAUGGGUUUCUUCCGAGUCUAUUAUUUUGACAGUGAUGGUCUCUUAGGCUAAAGGAUCAAACAGGCAUGGUGAUCAUUCUAACUUAUAAAAAUGUAAUGGAAUCCGUACUAUCUGUCAAUUUCACAUUCAUAAGUGUUCCUAAGGUCAGAGGACGGUAAGUACUAAAGUUUCUUUUGUUAAAAAGUUGCAAAAAUGCUAUCACUAUAUCUAAAUCCAAGACAUUAUCUAUCUUUUCUUAGUGACAUUGGGAGUCAUAUGGAUUUAUCUCAUCCCGUGUUAGUACAUGAUUGUGGAUACUCGUUUAUAUUAAUUACAUCCUAAAUGUAACAUCUAUCGCUUCUUAAGAAUGCAAGUGUAAGAAAGGAUCAAUUGAAAUUUUUGUUCUGACAAUUAAUUUGGACAAUCAUCUAUGGUCCAUUCAACUAGGAAGAGACUAAGUCAAAAUUUCCAUAAAUUAUCAAUUUAGUUUAUGAUGUUGUUUAUAGUACUAACAACAGAUUUAGUCAAGUUUUUAUUUAUUUUAUCUUUUUACAGUUUACUAAUCUACUAUACUAUAUCAGAUAUAGUAUAUCUACCCAAAAAAAAAAAAUACCAUUAUUUAAUAUGCUAAUAGAAAUUUGAAGUUUUUAACUUUGUAGAGAAAUUACCGCACAUUCGACUUGUAAUUUAACUAUUUUUUAUUAGUUUAACAAAAUGGAGGAUUUUAUAUCCUUAACCAUGUUAUCUAAUCGAACUUCAAUGCAUCUCAUUUUUAAUGAGAAAGGAUUAGACAUUUAUACAGAAAUAAUACCAAUAUGUUAAAAAUUAAUAAAAGUAAAGUACAUCUUUUAUUUUAUUUCAUCUGUAAAUUUUUUGUAUUUUUAAUUCCAGAGACAUUUUUUUUUCGUUUCAAUAAAUGGUAAAUAUUUGUUUGAUUUAAUAACACAAAAUGUUUUUUUUAGAAGAAAAUAAAAACGAGAAUGAAAGGUUGAUUUAUUAUUUCGAUUUUCUAAGAAGGUUUCCAACUGAUAUGACGCGAAAUUAGUGAGCACACAGCCAUGAACCAUACACCACUUUCUCUCUCUUCUCUCUCUCCUCUAUUCAGCGUUUCGAAAUUUCAAAAUUCUGUUGGACAAACCGCAUCCGUAGCAAACUUCCCAACUUCCCAAACCCACACAAUAAGAAAUAAAAAGAAACAUUCAUCCAAAUCCCCAGUUUCCAUUACAGAUUCUUCACAUAAGAAAAGUUGAAAUUCCUUCCAUUACUUGCAAAUUCCCAACUGGGUUCCCAUUACUUUCUUCUCUCAGUCUCCAUUUCUUUGAAAUCUCCAAUGAUUCUGUGAAAAAAACUUUCAUGUAUAAUGGUGGUGGAUGUGGCUUUGGAUUUUGAGCGCCCAUAAAAAUGGAUAAUGGUGCGACCCCCCUUACCGCCAUAGCCGAGUCCUUCGAAGGGCUUGCCAAAUUAGUAAAAUCUUUGAAGAAUUCUUCUCAAGAACUCCGAUUGGAUACGCUCUGUGAUGCUUGUUCUCUUGUCUCUAUUCUUUUCAGUUCUCUUGGCCUCGCCUUCAAAUUCGCUGAGUUAGAGUACGUCUCCAAGGUGCGUGAUCUUGUGGAAGCUUCCAAGAAAUAUGAGACAUUGCAUACGAUACUUGAUGCUGAUAUUGCAAAUGACACGGUCAAAACGCCUGGAAGCCAUUCUCGCAAUCUGCGUCGAGUUCGGCAAGGAUUGGACCUUAUUAGAGCUCUGUUUGAACAGUUCAUGUCCACUGAUGAAUAUUCAUUAAGAGAUGCUGCCUCAACAGCUUAUACCCGAGUAUGCGCGCCCUACCAUAGCUGGGCAGUCAGAACAGCAGUUUCAGCUGGAAUGUAUACUCUUCCAACAAGGGAGCAGCUUUUGUUAAAGCUUAACGAAACCAAUCAGUCGGCAGAGAAGAAAAUGAGAAGGUAUAUCAAUGCUUCGGGCCCGGUUAUAGAAUAUAUUGACAAGCUUUACAUUUCUAGGAAGAUCAGCUUGGACUGGUGACGUUUGACCUCAUGUAGACAAUUGAUUCUUCACUAAUCCUAUCUAAAGCAAAGCAGCACCUCAUUUCUGACGGAGUUGGUAGCAAAAGAAAGUUGAAGGAUAUGAUUUCAACAUAAACUAUUUUCCUUUGUACUACACAUUUUGUUUAGUGUUAUUAUCUGUAUAUAUAUAAUAUUUGAACUCAUAACGUCUGAUCGUUUUGGAGUAUAGGACAGAUCAUGGUAAAAGGUCACAGUACCUUUCAAUUUGAGUAUAAAACAAAAGGGAAAAACAGUAGAAUUUGGAUCAGUUGAAGGAUAUGAUUCUCAACGUAAACUAUUGUCCGGCAAAAGUUUGAAGGUUA